AUGGUCUGUCUCAAGACGAUGUCGUAUUGGUGGAAUCUCGAUAAUCGCCACUUUAGUUCUUCGUCUUCCCUCCGCGCUACGUCCUUAAUCUCUCCCUCUCCCUCUCUCGCAAUCAAAGCAAAGCUAAGCUCUUCCACAGCACGAGUUUCGUGUCUAAAGAUUAAGAAGAUUGUUGUGAAAAAUGGACACAAAAGCAAUGGCGAAAUCGAAGAGAGCUCACACUCAACACCACACCAAAAAACCACAUUCCGUUCAGAAGCUGCAAGGGAACCAAACCAAAACUCCGGUUCAAUCUCGGCUACCGUCGAAUUGGGAUCGGUACGAUGAUGAACUCAAUCUGGCUUCUGGUGAUGUGUUGUCGACAACUAGUUCGGAUGCGAUCGUGGCAAAGAGCAAAGGAGCAGAUUAUCUGAAUUUGAUAUCCGAAGCUCAAUCCGAGUCUCAAUCAAAGAUUGACAUCAAUCCAGAUUCUCUAGAUGAUCUUUUGCACGAUGAGUUUAGUCGUGUGGUUGGAUCUAUGAUCUCCGCUAGAGGGGAAGGUAUACUUUCAUGGAUGGGAGAUGAUAACUUUGUUGUCGUGGAAGAAGAUGGAUCAGCUGAGCCUGGUUUCCUCUCGUUGGAUUUGAAUGCGUUGGAGAAAAUGCUAGAGAAAGUGGAUGUGCAUGAGAGACUUUACAUUGACGCUGAUCUUUUGCCUUCUGAGCUGCGUACAGCUCAAUCACACGCUGUGACAACGAGGCUGAAUGAGCCAGUUCAACAAGAAUCUAGUGGAAAGAUCGAGUCAGUCGAUGCACAAGGAGGAUCAUCAGUCUUGGAGGGUGAGUCUAUAGAUCAAGCGAAGGACGUACCAAUUCUCACAGAGAAGUCUUCAGCAAUUGAAGCUGAUCUUGAUUUCCUUCUCGGCUCCUUUAGUGAGGAGACCAACCCAGUGGCCAGUGUCUCCAGUAGUCAGAAGCCUUCUGUCAAAAGAUCUUCAGAUUUUGAAACUGACCUGGACUCUCUUCUCAACUCUCAUGGUGCAGAAGAACCAUUCAAUAAACAGGCGAACCCAUCUGAUCAAAAGCUUAACACGACGGGUUUUGUUGACGUGCUUGAUGAUUUGCUGGAGAGUUCUUCAUUACCAAUCAAACCACAGGGGAAGCAGGCCUCUUCGUCGUCGACAGUUGGAAAAUCAAAAGUUUUAGAUGAGUUUGAUUCUUGGUUAGAUACGAUUUGAUUUUGUUUGUUAGCUGUGUACUUUCUUUUCUUUUGUAUCACCUAGAUAAACGAGAAUAUUCUACUUUGUAAUCUUAUACAAAAGAAAACAUCUGGUAGCAUUUAUAUCUAGUUGCAAUUUUAAAUCUUUUACAGAGUUAUGAAAGCUUCAGUGUUCGG